AUGAGCAGUCUAAAUGCGGAUCUUCAGUCAACGCCACCCGGAAUCCGAAUGGUGGAGCUAUCGGAGAAGAAAUCCUUGACAAUAUCGGAAGAAGACACAUUCUACGUUCUCGUCAGUCAUCAAUUCAACAUUUUUCUUCCGUCACCUCUCGCGGUGGAAUCAGAUCUCUUGGUCGAAAAUAUUGGAAAAACAGUUAAAGUCACAUCUUUCUCAAAUUACGAGAAUAAGAAAUCAUUCUUUGCUCCAUUCACGGUGUUCAGGUCUGGAAUUGCCGAUUUUUCCAGAAUGGAUACCGACGAAUUGGUUUCUUUUUCAAACCAAUUGGGAACUAAACUGUUCCCUGAUCGUACAGUUAAUAGCAAAAGAUCAGAAAAGACACCCAAAAUCAAUCGCAUGGAUAUCCGUGCUAUUAUCAAUAGUAAAGACAAUUAUGAAGAUGGAAAUUAUAGUGUGGUGAGCUCUUAUAUUGAGGAAAAGUGA